AUGGCAUUUUUAGUUUUCGCAACUAUUCUUCUAAUGUCCAACGGGAUCCAGAGCCAGAAAAAGAUCUCUCCGGAUCCACUUACAAAGCUAAACGAUAUUGUCACGGCCCGCUUAGAAGAAAGCCUUCACGAUUCAAGGACCGGAGAGUUUCCUUCUCAAUACAUAAACCUUCGGCGGGCAGCCAAGCUUCCAAUUUCUCAACUGGACGAAAAAAUCAAGGCAUUCAAUAUGUUAAGACUUCUGCAGAGGAAUGACGAAUUCCUUGGUGCAACUAAAAUGCCAACAACUCAGAAUGGAGCUCUAUCCGAAGACGCACCUGCCCUUCGACAGCAGUUCAACCAGUUCGAAAAGAAAAUCAUUCGUCUUCUUAAGAAGCUCGGCAUCUACGAUAACUUUACUGCACGCGUUUUCAAGGCCAUCUUCAGCGAUGAGUCGCAGCUAAAAAAGCUAAAAAAGAAGCUCGAUGAUUUGGAUAAACAGGAGCGGGACGCUGACAACGACACCUUGUGGGAAUAUGUAUUUGAACUUUUCUGA